AUGCCCAAGAAACUCGCCAAGUCCUCCACCUUCAGCACGAUAGCCUCGUCGACGUCGGACCUGUCCACCGCCUCGACCAUCCCCAACCUGCCCCCCAUCCUCACCGACGGCGGGCCCCUGCCCAAGCUCUUCGUCUUCGACCUCGACUACACCCUCUGGCCCUUCUGGGUCGACACCCACGUCAGCGGCAGCACCCUCAAGCCCGUGCCCGGGUCCAACAACACCUCCGUCGCGGACAAGGUCGGCGAGCACUACUCCUUCUACUCCGACGUCCCCUCGGUGCUGUACGCCCUGCCGCAGCUGGGCAUCCGCGUCGGCGUCGCGAGCCGCACCUGCGCGCCCGACCUCGCCCGCGAGAUGCUCAAGCUGCUGUACGUGCACCCGCCGGCCCAGUCGGCCCAGGACGAGGGCGGCAGCGGCAGCAGCAAGAAGAAGUCGUCAAGCGGCAAGUCCCGCAAGGCCAUCGACCUCUUCGACGCCGGGCUCGAGAUCUACCCCAGCUCCAAGCUGCGCCACAUGGAGGCCCUGCACAAGCGCACCGGCCUCCCCUACGGCGAGUUCCUCUUCUUCGACGACGAGAGUCGUAACCGCGAUACCGAGAGCCUGGGGGUCACCAUGUGCCUCGUGCGCGACGGCGUCACCUGGGCCGAGGUCGCGAGGGGCGUCGCCGAGUGGCGGCGGCGGAAGGCUGUCUCUGCGCUCGCGGACGGCCCCGGUGCGGAGUGA